GCGGGACGCCGCGUCGCAGGGACAGCCGGGGUCACGGCGGCGGGCUGGGGGCCGUGGGGUGAAAGAUCCCUGUGGGACACACUUCUGCCAAAUGCACCAGACUCUUAGUUCGCGUGAGCCUAGUGUGCAUGGUCUCCGCCUGUGUGCGUCGUCCUCACCCAAGAGGUGGAUCAAGGCAGGGUGCUCACCCGAAUGCCAGGUCUCAGGGCCAGGACUGCAGGAAACCAUUUGUUGUUGCGGUCCCACCUGCUAAAGAAAUGGAUUUGGAUCAGUUGGACCUGAAUCCCAGAAUUACUGCUGCAGCCAAGAAAGCCAAACUGAAGUCAGUAAAGGAGGUUUUGCAUUUUUCUGGACCAGACUUGCAGAGACUGACCGGCCUCUCCAGCCUCGACGUGCAGCACUUGCUGAGAACGGCCUCCUUGCACGUGCGGGGAGGCAGCAUCGUCACAGCUCUGCAUCUGCACCAGCAGAAGAAGAGGUUCCCCGCGCAGCACCAGCGCCUGAGCCUGGGCUGCCCCGUGCUGGACGGCCUUCUCCGCGGCGGCCUGCCCCUGGACGGCGUCACCGAGCUGGCCGGUCACAGCUCUGCCGGGAAGACCCAGCUGGCCCUGCAGCUCUGCCUGGCCGUGCAGCUCCCGCCGCGGCACGGAGGCCUGGAAGCCGGGGCCGUGUACGUCUGCACCGAAGACGUCUUCCCGAACUCGCGUCUGCAGCAGCUCAUCGCUCAGCAGCGGCACCUGCGGGCGGACGUGCCAGGAGAGGUGAUCGCCAAGGUCAGGUUUGGCAGCCAGAUCUUCAUCGAGCACGUGGCCGACGUGGACGCCCUGCUGGAGUGUGUGCGGAAGAAGGUGCCUGUGCUGCUGUCUCGAGGCAUGGCCCGCCUGGUGGUCAUCGACUCCGUGGCGGCCCCGUUCCGCUGUGAGUUUGACGGCCCGGCCUCAGUCCCCAGGGCCAGGCGUCUGCAGGAGCUGGGGGCCACCCUGCGCCGGCUGAGCAGCACGUUCCAGAGCCCCGUGCUAUGCAUCAACCAGGUGGGUCCCGCCCCCCUAAUGUCCUUGGCCUGGUUUUUAGGGAGGAAGUUCGGGGCUGGGGUCUGGGGGAGGGGCCUGCCGUUGGUGAGGCCGGUCGUGCUGGGCUGGGUGGUGGCUGACCCUGGUCUGGACCUCCCAGGUGACGGAGGCCGUGGAGGAGCAGGGCGCGGCACGCGGACCACAGGGCCUCUGGGAGGAGCGGGUCUCUCCCGCCCUCGGAAUCGCCUGGUCCAACCAGCUCUUAAUGCGGCUGAUGGUCAGCCGGCGCCGCUCCGAGGAGCAGGCCGGGCCCCCCGACCGCACGCUGCGGGUGAUCUUCGCCCCUCACCUGCCCCCCUCAUCCUGCUCCUACACGGUCCGCACGGAGGGAGUGCGAGGGACUCCCGGGACCACGGGCCCCUGACACGGCGGCGGCACGGUGGCCGGCCAGGUCCCAGGAAACCCGAGUCUGGCCGAGCCGUCCACACUCUGCAGGCACAGGGGCCGGGCGUCUGGACCCGGCACACCCGUCACUGGGUCAGGGUCCGCGUGAGGGGUUGGCUGCACCUUCUCAACGGCAGGAAGGUGGUGAGCACGGAUGACCCGCCCGACGUGGCCUCCACACCCCACCUCCCCACCUCCCCCUGCGCUCGCCACGCCGCCCGGCUCGGCGGCCCGUUCCCUGCCGGGCUCUGUCCUAAGUGAUCCACACAUUGGAGCGUGUCUUCUUCACGGCCCCUGGGGAUGGGCAAUUACUGUCCUUGGUCUCAGGGAAACUGAGGCACAGAACAGCCGAAUGACGUGGCCAUCUUCCCACCCCCAGGCGGGUGCCCAGGAGGGCAGGGGCGCAGCUGACACAGCACUAGGGUGGAGGCGGAGGUCCCUGUGACUGACAGACUCGUUCCGCCUGGACAUUUGCUAGAGCAGAAAAAUUCACUUCCAAUGUCCAUCCCCCCCCCUUUUUUUUUUGGUGCCGAGACCCGGGAGCGAUGUCCAUCCCAUUUUUAAAGUAGUCUGUGACCCUCAGAAGGUUAAAAAUGGCCGGAAUAAGAAGAAAAAUGAUCUUUUAAGGUUGGAAUUUUAUAAAACAGCUUUUCUGCAAGUGU